CCUGAUGUCUCAUGGAUCCCCAAUCGACAUUACUCCGGAGUGUUUGGCCUAAUGAAGCUCACUUUACCCAAGACACUGCCUGGCCACAUAAACAAGGUGAUUGUCCUUGACACCGACGUCACAUUUGCCACAGAUAUUGCAGAACUAUGGAAAAUUUUUAGGGUUUUACGAGGAAAACAGGCUAUAGGUCUUGUCGACAACCAGAGUGACUGGUAUUUGGGCAAGUUAUGGAAAAAUCACCGCCCAUGGCCUGCAUUAGGUAGAGGGUUCAAUACUGGUGUUAUCCUGUUGGACCUAAAGAUGCUCAGAGAAAUCGGCUGGAUGCAGAUGUGGCGGCUGAUUGCCGAGAAAGAAUUGAUGAACAUGUUGGCUGUCUCGCUGGCUGACCAGGACAUCUUCAACACGGUGAUCAAGCAGCAUGACUACCUGGUCUAUCGGCUUCCGUGUCAGUGGAAUGUCCAACUCAGCAUGAACACUCAGAGUGAGCAGUGUUACAGUGAAGUUUCUGAUCUUAAAAUUAUCCACUGGAAUUCUCCUAUGAAGUUAAAAGUCAAGAAUAAACACGUGGAGUUUUUCCGCAACAUGUACUUGACCUUUCUGGAAUAUGAUGGAAAUUUACUGCGCAAGGAGCUGCUAGGCUGUUCUAAUAACACAUCAAACCAAACUCAGGAAGUUGUGUUGAGUGACCACACAGAAGAUGAUGACUGCUACGAUUUCCGAGCGGAGCGAGAGCUUGUCCACCGCACACAUCUCUACUACCUGGACUACCAGGAGGCCCCGGCCAGCGAUUACGACGUGACUUUGGUGCUGCAGCUAUCCAUGGACAGAUUGCAG